AUGGCCAAUCCCCGGCAACGAAGGAAACUGCGAUCUGGCUCGCACAAGCCCGUGCACCAUUCGCGUCGGGCGAAGAAAAUACUAAAAAAACAAUCUCCGAUCCGUGCUCCCAAAGUCCUGCAGGAGUCAUGGGAUAACCACAAAACCGUUAGACAGAAUUACGAGGCACUGGGUCUCGUUACUUCUCUGAACCCCACGUCAUCGGGCGGAGUGGAGAAGCCUCUGAAUAUGCAUAUGUCUGGGUGCGCCGACUCGCCGAUGCCAGAGCCCUCGUCGAGCGCAGCACCCGCGUCUAAUAGCGUACCGAAAGGGUAUGGCCGAAUCAUCCGGGACGAGGAUGGGAACAUCGUGGACGUUCAGAUGGGAGAGGAAGAAGCCGAAGAAACACCAGCAGAUGGGAUGCUCGACGAUCUACCUGAUCCGACCCGAGACGAACAAUUGGCAGGUUGGGUCGGACUGGGAUCGCACCCGAGUACCCAGCAAUUGAACAACGCGACAAUCACCCCUGUGGUCCAAGCCUUGGAGGAAAUCUCUAAAGCAAGUGGUAGUAAACGUCCGCCACGGUUCACCUCUGCAGGUGAAGCGGCGACUCUCCGACGAUUGAUACAAAAGCACAAGGACGACGUGGAGUCCAUGGCUCGGGACAGGAAGUUGAACGCCGACCAACGAACGCCUGGUGAGCUGCGUCGAGCGAUCACGAAGGCGGGUGGUUUCGCUGCAUUGGCAACGGGAGUAUAG